CUUCAGCGGGCAGGUCUCGCUUUGGCCCCGCCAGGCCGCAUCAAAGGGCCGCCGCAGCGCGUGCAGCGGGUCCGGACGCCCCAGACCCAGCGGCCGAGGAGGCCAGGCCACACCUUCACGGGGCUGCGAUCCCCUGGGGCUGUGUCCCCGGAGACUCAUCCUGAAGGGCUCUGUGUUCCUUCAGUGGCUACUGCGAGGCCAUGGUACAGAAGUACCAAUCUCCUGUCCGCAUCUACAAGUACCCCUUUGAGCUGGUGAUGGCGGCCUAUGAGAAGCGCUUCCCCACCUGCCCACAGAUCCCUGUGUUCCUGGGAAGUGAGGUUCUGAGUGAGUCCCGAAGUCCCGACGGGGCGGUGCAUGUGGUGGAACGAAGCUGCCGGCUGCGUGUUGAGGCCCCCCGGCUGCUGCGCAAGAUCGCAGGCGUGGAACAUGUGGUGUUCGUGCAGCGAAACAUCCUGAACUGGAGAGAGCGGACGUUGCUCAUUGAUGCCCACAACGAGACCUUUGCCAAUCGCGUGGUGGUCCAGGAACACUGCAGCUAUCACGUACACCCCGAGAACCAAGAGUGGACGUCCUUCGAGCAGUCUGCCUCACUUGACAUCCACUCUUUCUUCGGCUUCGAAAGUGCAUUGGAGAAGAUCGCCAUGAAGCAGUACACAGCCAACAUCAAGAGGGGGAAAGAAGUGAUCGAGUUUUACCUGAAUGAACUCAUUGCCCAGGGUACCUCGCACAUCCCCCGAUGGACACCUGCCCCGGUCCGUGAGGAGGACCCCCGUGCCCAGGCUGUGCCCAGGGAUGCCCCCCUGGAGGCUGCCAGUCCCAGCAGCCCCCAAAGCCUUGCCCCUGAGACCGUGGGUAUAGACGACAAGUUGGACACCGAGUACAUUGAGAGGUGCCUGGGCCAGCUCACACCCCUACAGGAGAGCUGUCUCAUCCAGCUCCGUCUCUGGCUGCAGGAGACCCACAAAGGCAAGAUCCCCAAGGAUGUGCACAUCCUGCGUUUCCUGCGUGCCCGCGACUUCCACGUGGACAAGGCCCGGGAGAUGCUGCGCCAGUCUCUGAGCUGGCGCCGGCUGCACCGGGACCUGCUUCUGCAGAGCUGGGCGCCCCCGGCACUGCUGCAGGAGUUUUAUGCAGGUGGCUGGCACUACCAUGACACAGAUGGCCGUCCCCUCUACAUCCUGCGCCUGGGCCACAUGGACACCAAGGGCCUGAUGAAGGCUGUAGGGGAGGAUGCAUUGCUGCAGCACGUUCUGUCUGUCAAUGAGGAGGGGCAGAAGCGGUGUGAAGGCAACACCAGGCAGUUUGGCCGGCCCAUCAGCUCAUGGACCUGCCUGGUGGACCUGGAGGGGCUGAACAUGCGACACCUAUGGCGGCCGGGCGUGAAGGCGCUGCUGCGCAUGAUCGAGGUGGUGGAGGAGAACUAUCCAGAGACCCUGGGCAGGCUGCUCAUCGUUCGUGCGCCACGGGUCUUCCCCGUGCUCUGGGCGCUGAUCAGCCCCUUCAUCAACGAGAAUACCAGGCAGAAGUUCCUUAUUUACAGUGGCAACAACUACCAGGGCCCAGGGGGGCUCGUGGAUUACCUGGAUAAGGAAGUGAUUCCGGACUUCCUGGGCGGACAGUGCGUGUGCAAUGUCCCUGAAGGAGGAUUGGUCCCCAAGUCCCUCUACCUGAAUGAGGACGAGCAGGGACACAUGGACCAGCUACGGCAGUGGCGGGACACGUACCAGGCAGCCAGUGUGCUUCGCGGGGCUCCCCAUCAGGUGGCCAUGGAGAUCCUGGAGGGGGAGUCUGUGAUCACCUGGGACUUUGACAUCCUCAGGGGCGAUGUGGUAUUCAGUCUGUACCACACGCGGCUGGCCAUCCAGGGCCAACCCGCAGGAGCCCCCGGACCCACAGUGCAGUCUGCAGAGCCCCAGCCCGAGCCCGCCCUGAUCUGGAGCCGCGUGGAGGCCCCACUUGUGUGCAAAGGAAGGCGGAGAGCAUCCAGGGGCUCCCAUGUGACUCGCUGGCCUGGGGUCUACGUGCUGCAGUGGGAGACACAUGAGCCCCCAGGCCUGGACGACGCCCUGCAGAGCUCUGGGCCCAAGUGCAAACUCCUCUAUUACUACGAGGUGCUGGCAUCUGAGGACUUCAGGGGCUCCAUGUCCAGCCUGGAGUCAUGCACCAGUGGCUUCUCCCAGCUCAGUGCCACCACCUCGUCCUCCUCCUCUGGCCAGUCCCACAGCAGCUCCCUGCCCUCCAGAUAGUGGCACAGAGCCUUGGGGGGCACUGGGGCAGCCUCGUGCCUCUCCAAACCACCAGAGGCUGCAAACA